GAGUAUAUAAAUCCUUUAUUUAUCAAUUUUCAACACAUGAAAAUAUAGAAAUGUUUUUAAAAAUUUAUUUUAAACUAAUAUUAAUUGCUUAAAGCACCUAUUAUUUUGAACACAGCUGUAAGUGACGGUCAGGUGAGAACAGAACAGCUGAGCCGCGUUGCCAACCAUUCGAGCUGUUUGUGCGAACAGAUGCUGCAGCGUUGUUGUUGUUUGCGUGACGUAACAGCCGGCAACGCAACAUGAAAUCGAAUUUAUUUAUGGCUCGGAAGUCAAUUGAUUUUAAUUGCCGCUUUCGUAUAAGGUAAAAUAAAUGUUUAUUAUACCCAAAGUGCUGUGCUGGCGACAAAUCGAUAGCAACGUCUAUAUUGAAAACGACGAUCAUUCAAUUUUUGGCAUUCAACACGUGUGGAAAACUGCAGAACAAGCCCACCUGUGCGCUUAUAUGUAUAUACGAUGGUUUAUAUAUGAUAUGACUUUCAAAAAGUAAACGACAGAUUGACAGACCGUAUUAUAAAUUCGCCAUUAUCUAAGAGCGAUUUCUGUGUAAAUACAUUGCGGGCACUUGGAGGUGAUAAUUUCGGAUCCGCGUAGUGAAGAGAUUAGAUUGAGUACACGACGACGACGAGACCAUGGCGUGAAACGCCAGAUUUUCCGAGAGUCUAGGCAAUAUAUUGAGCUUCACCUGUCCACAUGCAGAAAACCAACUAAGGGCAUCCGAUUCAAGCGCUCUUCGUCUAAUUGUGUUACGUGCCAUUACGUUGUUUAUUACGUCAGUGACCGUUAGAAGGUUGCAAAGAUGAGGGAGUGGCUAAAGAUUUCCUGUCUGUUGUGCGUCUUCGGCUGCAUCCGCGAGAUCCGUCCAUCGGAGCCCUAUGUCACGGAGUACCUCCUGGGUCCCUGGCGGAAUAUCACGGAGGAACAGCUAACCCAUGAUGUCUAUCCAGUGGGCACCUAUUCUUACCUCGUUCAGCUGGUCUUUGUUUUCUUAAUAACAGAUUUCCUGAGGUAUAAGCCGCUAAUUAUCACUAUUGGUGCCACUGGAGUGAUAAUCUGGAGCAUGCUCAUCUGGACCACCAGUCUGCUGUCCCUGCAGAUCCUAGAAGUAUUAUACGGCACCUAUAUGGCCGCCGAGGUGGCCUACUAUACGUAUAUCUAUGCCAAAGUGGAUAAGAAGUAUUAUCCCAAGGUAACCUCUCACACCCGAGCGGCCAUGUUUGCCGGCAAGCUGAUUUCCGGAAUUACAUCGCAGCUAAUGCUCUAUCUGGAGCUAAUGAACUAUAAAGAGCUGAACUAUAUAACGCUGGCCACUCAAAUAAUUGCCAUGCUUUGGGCCUUCAGUUUACCCGCAGUGGAUAAAAGUCUUUACUUCCAUCGGGAGCAGUUGUCCAUUGGGGAUCAGCAGACCCAGUUGCCUGGGGAAGGCAACCUGGAUGUGGUGGAUCAGCCUCAAGAGCGUACUCCCAGACAGCCCGGAGCACUGGGUCUUUUGUGGAAUCACUUCCACAAUGCCUACACCAAUCCGCGGGUCAUUCAAUGGAGUUUGUGGUACGCGAUUGGGCUGGCCGGUUAUUUGCAAGUAACUUACUACGUGCAGGUUCUGUGGAAAGUAAUCGAACCAGAGCCUCUGAUAGCCUGGAAUGGAGCCGUUGACGCUGUUCUAACAGCUCUGGCCGCACUAUUUGCAUUGGGCGCAGGUUAUCUGCACACUGGACGUCUCAGACCGCGAACAUCUCUUCUGAUCCUGGCCCUUUUGUCCGCCGUGGAGGGCGGCUGUGUGCUGAUCUGCUGCUGGACGGAGGACAUUUACUGGUCUUAUACGGGAUUCGUGCUGUUCGGAGCCCUCUACGGAUUCACCAUUACGGUGGCCAGUGCUGAAGUGGCCCGAAAUCUGCAGGAGGAUAGCUUCGGGCUGGUUUUCGGCUUCAACACGUUGGUGGCCCUCAUUUUCCAAUCGCUCUUAACCAUGAUAUUUGUGACGGAUACGGGCUUUGAGCUUGACCCCGUUGGUCAGUACACCGUCUAUGCUUUUUAUUUUAUUGCCGUGGGCGUGCUGUAUCUGAUAUCCGUGCUGAUUGAGUACAUCUGGUUCCGCGAUAACGAUAUCGAGAGGCUGGAGAACUCUCUGGAUUAAUUCCAGAUGCAUUUAUCAAGUUCUUAAAGUCGCCAGUUGCCGAUUUCCGAUUGCCGGCCACAACUUUGUUACUUAAGAAAGACAUGUUCCUAUUGAUGGAAUACUAUUAGAUGGUACUCCCGCGAUGGCUGAUUGUAUUCUUAGAAUAUUUAAGCCGUCUGUUCGGCAAUCUGUUGCCGAGUUCCAAGUAUUUUGUGCAGACUUCCAUUUAUAGAGCGCACAAUCAAUCUCAAGUGUGGCGGAAUAAAGAUACGGGGCUUUAAUAGAA